AUGCAAGUCUCUAUCAAGAACAGGAUCGUCACCGAUCACUGGGCUUAUCUUGAACAUUUUGAUGCACCUAUGUGGGCAGAUUUGACUCUUGAAGCUAAAUCUCCUUAUGAAUACAAUAUAACUGAUGAUGACUGGUUCAACAAAAAUCACUUGUUCCACCAGUUGUCUGCUUGCGAGUUAAAGUCAAAAUUCGCUCACUCUGUUGAGGAUGCAGUUAUGUUACAGGGAUUUGCUUCGCCGGGACUUCCUUCUUCGGUCUCGAAAUCAAGAGGAAAAGACUACAACAAUAAGAUCAAGUGGGGGAAAGGUAUUAAUCUAAAUGCCUUGUUGGAUAAACAUGAGGGUUUAAGCAGAAGGGGAUGCUUCAAACUAGAUGCCAGCAUUGGUUAUGAAGUGAAGCCCAAAUCAACAUUAACUGUUGGCAAGCCGAAAUCAGGGUUGACUUUUGAACACAAUGCCAGGGGAAAAGCUAUGUCCAAGGCCAGUUGCGGUAAUCUAGUGGGAAGUUCAGGUUCUAUGAAUAAAAAGAAUUAUGAAAGGCCGAUAAGAACCAUGCUUACAUUUGAGAACAUGAUUCAAAAGAAGGAUUAUAAGGAGCAUAACAAGGUAUCAUAUGAUGGGAAAAGAAAAAGUUCGUCAAGCAAUAGUUUUGGGAAAAGUGUGGUUACAGAAGGUUCAAGAGUUCGAGACCAGCAUAAAUAUAUGGAGGUGUCUAAUAAACCAUGUGAUAAGAAAAGUGGAAGUUCGUCGGUGAAUAGUAUUAGUCUUAGAAAAAGUUAUGCAAAACAGGAAGUCUCAAAAGUGGAGAUGGAUGUUGAUAACAUGAAAUCAAGAGGUCGUAAAUCAUCUUCUGGGAAGUCUAGUGUUGGGUCAUGUUCAAAUCCUAGUUAUGAAGUUAAGUUUGUAUCAAAGGAACAGAGGAAGAAAAUCACAAAUACGAAAGAUGUGGUCACAAUGAAUCUUGCUGAUAAGAGUAGAUGCAACCUUGGAAACAAAUUCAAGACAUCUUCCAUUACAGCUGAAGGAAAAGGAAAAGGAAUCGUACUAGGAAAUAACAUCAAUGUUGCAAAGUCAUUGAUCAAAAGUCAGUCUGUACGAUCAAGUACUAAGUUACCAAGCAAAGUCAACAAAACCAACUUUUGUACUGCUGCUAAGGAGACACUUCACAAGGGGAAAGAGAAUGCUACUAUGAAAUUGACAGUGAAUGAACAUUGCAAUGAACAAGGUGUUCUUGCAAAGGGUGUUUUAAAAAGUCCGAAAACAAGAGUACAUAAUCGACAGCAUAAGGAUGACAAAGCAGGAUCGGCGGCUUUGACAAUACUGGGAAAAGUGAAUGGUCAACGUGAGGCAAAGAAGCUAGUUAAUCCAGUAGCCAGAAGGAUUUACCUGCGAUAA